CGGGUGUUCACACUGGAAGUAAAGCCGUCAGUUCUGUGCGAUAGUAACCACGUCGAACCUCCCACGUUACUGUGUGAGUGAUCUACAGCCGAGUUCAAAGGACACAAGCCCUGCCCUUGAGUCUGCCCGCGAGAGCGGAGCAGCUUUCUUUAUCAGGUGGAGGUUCUGCUGGGAGUCGGCCACUGCAGCCUCACUCAGCCUGGGAGACACUUUCUUCUGCUGGAGCUCGUCCACCAACCAGAGCCAAGAUGCCCAAAACGGUCAACGUUCGCGUCACCACCAUGGACGCGGAGCUGGAGUUCUCCUUCCACCCCAACACCACGGGGAAGCAGCUGUUUGACCAGGUUGCCAGAACCAUCGGACUGCGUGAGAUGUGGUACUUCGGGCUGCAGUUUGUAGACGCCAAAGGAUUCAUCAACUGGCUGAGCUCUGAGAAGAAGGUGAUGGCCCAGGACGUGAAGAAGGAGACUCCCCUGCAGUUCAAACUGAGGGCCAAGUUUUACCCGGAGGACGUGGCCGAGGAGCUGAUCCAGGACGUCACCAGGAGGCUCUUCUUCCUGCAGGUGAGGGAGGACAUCCUGGGGGAGGACAUCUACUGCCCUCCAGAGUCCGCCGUGCUGCUGGCCUCCUACGCCGUCCUGGCAAAGUACGGGGAGUACAGCAAGUCGGUGCACCACCCGGGUUACCUGUCCUCCGAGCGCCUGCUGCCCAAAAGAGUGAUGGAGCAACACAAGCUGUCCAAGGACCAGUGGGAGGACAGGAUCCAGGUGUGGCACGACGAGCACAGGUCGAUGCUGAAGGAGGAGGCGAUGAUCGAGUACCUGAAGAUCGCUCAGGACCUGGAGAUGUACGGCGUCAACUACUUUGAGAUCAAGAACAAGAAGGGCACGGACCUGUGGCUGGGAGUCGACGCUCUGGGACUCAACAUCUACGAGAAGGAGGACAGGCUGUCUCCAAAGAUCGGAUUCCCCUGGAGCGAGAUUAGAAACAUUUCUUUCAAUGAUAAGAAAUUCGUCAUCAAGCCCAUAGACAAGAAAUCCCCUGAUUUUAUAUUCUAUGCUCCACGGCUGCGAGUCAACAAGCGCAUCCUCCAGCUGUGCAUGGGCAACCACGAGCUGUACAUGCGCCGCCGCAAGACCGACAGCAUCGAGGUCCAGCAGAUGAAGGCUCAGGCCAAAGAGGAGAGGCUGCAGAAGAAGCUGGAGAGGGAUCAGCUGGAGAGGGAGAAGAAGAAGAGGGAGACCAUCGAGAAAGAGAAGGAGCAGAUGGAGAGUGAGAAGCAGGAGCUGAUGAUGAGGCUGUACCAGUUUGAGGAGACGACCAAGAGAGCAGAGAGAGAGCUUCAGGAGCAGCUGGACCGGGCCAUGAGGCUGGAGGAGGAGAGGAGGAGGGUGGAGCAGGAGGCAUCCCGGCUGGAGACUGAGAGGAUGGAGGCCAUAAUAGCCAAGGAGGAGCUGGCCAGGCAGGCGGAGGACCAGAUCAAGAGCCAGGAGCAGCUGGCUGCAGAGCUGGUUGAGUACAGCGCCAAGAUCGCUGCGCUGGAGGAGGCCAAGAGAGUCAAGGAGGAAGAGGCUGAGUCAUGGCACAACAAGGCCAAGGAAGUGGAGGAGAAUCUGAUGAAGACGAAGGAGGAGCUGCACACCGUGAUGACCUCAGUCCCUGCAGCCCCUCCUCCUGCUCCCUCCUCCUCCUCCUCCUCCUCCUCGGACAGCGACCGCGACCACGAGCACAGCGAGGAGCACAGCGAGGAGCACAGCGAGGAGCACAGCACCUACAGCGCCGAGCUGCAGACGCAGGACAUCAACGACCACCGCCAGGAGGAGGACAGGCUCACCGAGGCCGAGAAGAACGAGCGGCUGCAGAAACAGCUCAUGGCCCUGAGCUCGGAGCUGGAAGAAGCCCGAGACGACGACAAGAAGACCCAGAACGACCUGCUGCACGCCGAGAACGUCCGAGUCGGCCGCGACAAGUACAAGACCCUGCGUCAGAUCCGUCAGGGCAACACCAAGCAGAGGAUUGAUGAGUUUGAGGCCUUGUAGAAACCUCAGAGACCUUCAAGGUCUCUCCCAAAUACCUCGUUCCUCCCUCCCAUUUCAGCAUCUUUUAAUUCAAAGUGUGAUGUAAUUGUAGUCACACCUGAUCUUAGCAUGGAGCCGAUGUGUGUAAUAGGACCUCCAUGCGUUUUGCUUGAAAGCACUGUGUUUUAUUUUUUCUUUGUAGCCCUCAAACAUCUCCAACGUGCUGUUUAGUCCCAUUAAGACCCGACGCUAAACGACCACGUGUAUAUCACCUUGAAAGACGGAGCUUAAAGCUGCGUUUUCCCGAUAAACUGUCUGAACAAAGCAGGUAUGUGAGGUGCACUGUGGAAAACAUAUAUAUGUAUGUGUCAUGAUAAAUGAUCAGAAAGGUUUAUUGCG